CUCCUGGUGUUAUAGGGCUGUGAUUCAAUGCCCUGAUACAGGGCGCUAAAGUACUGGCACUAACCGUCAUUAGUGCCUUUAUGUAGGUACUACCGCUGCUAGUCGGGGAGUAUUAACACUGCACUGCGCUUCCAGUGUGCCAUUUAGUACUGCGCCUGUACCUACGGCGGACAGUGGCAGGCACAACCGCAACUUGCGACUUUGACUUGCAUUGCCCGCCCCACGAACCCGUAACCGUUCAGCAUCGAACUUCCUCACAUUCAACGACACCCCUUCUUGCCUUCAAUACACGCGACACCGCUCCAGGGCCCUCAGCCGCACUCAGUCUCGCCCUUCCACACCUCUGGCCGAGCCUCUGUCAAUUUUACCAGUCUCAAAUCUCAAAUUCUCGGACCCCGCUAGCGGUGAAAGGGACUUUGAUGCCGAAACUGAUUACAUCGUGAAACGGCGCCCUGCCUUGGUCCUUCAACCUUUUCCACAGCCUGACGACCUGGAGGGUAGCUUCUAAUCAUGCCGUCGAAAAAGAAAGCCAGUACGCAAGCCAGUGCGGUAAAAUCACAACCGACGAACGAUGCCACGAAAAGUGCGCCUCCUCCUACGCAGCCGCAACGCAAACCAGACUCUGUUUCAGCCUCCGCCCCGUCAGUGAAUGGUGAGCAUUCAGCCGCGAGGCAAGAUUCGGACUCUAAAACUGGCGAUACGACAGAGUCUGCUGGAGAGCCUGCACCCACACCUGCGAUCAAUCGGAAAAAGCAGAAGAGGCGGGAGAAAGAGGCGGCGAAGAGAGCUACCGAGCAGACUUCACCAAACGGGGCCGACCACGCCAGUCCAGCGGAGAACGGACAAUGGCCUCCUGUGAAACAAAGCCGCGGACCGGUUAAGGGGUAUUUUACUGAAGAGGCUGAUUACGCCGACCAGACGCACCAUGCUUAUGCCGACCUUGGAAGCCCCGAAGAAGCCUUCUACAGCGGAGAUGAGGACCCGAAUUACGGAGAGGAAGACGAAGCAGUGCCGGAUAGCUCAUGGCUUAAUACAAGCAAGAGAAAAAAGGCGAAAAAGAACAAGAACCAUGUUGCCGAUUCUGACUUGUCGCGGGCUUCCACCAUGCUCUCGAGAUCCCAUAUCCCACCACUGUCGAAUGCAGCCAUCCGCGCUUCGCAUAACUUGUCUAGAGAGCACAUCUGGAAUACUUCUACGCAGGCGGAGCGAGAGAACAUCAAAAAAUUCUGGCUGGAGCUGGGUGAAGAGGAGCGGAGAUCACUCGUUAAGGUGGAGAAGGAGGCGGUCUUACGCAAGAUGAAGGAGCAGCAAAAGCACUCGUGCAGUUGUUCAGUAUGUGGGCGGAAACGGACGGCAAUCGAGGAAGAGCUCGAAGUCCUUUACGAUGCAUAUUACGAAGAACUCGAACAAUUCGCCAAUCACAACACAGACCUUACCAAUGUCCCCCAAAUGAUGGCACCUCCCCGGCCACCGUACAGACGCGUGCAUCCACCUGCAUCUCGGAUUCCGUCUCGCGGUCUAGUACGUGAGAUCGACGAUGGAGAGGAGGACCUCGAGGAUGACGACGAGUACGACGAGGAAGACGAAGAAGCGUACAGUGAGGAUGAAGGAGAGCUUGACAGCCAUGGUCUUCCACCAGGUCCUGCUGAUUUCUUCCAGUUUGGCAAUAGCUUAACCGUCAAAGAUGGCAUCCUCACAGUCGCUGACGAUCUGUUGAAGAACGAUGGCAAACACUUCAUCGACAUGAUGGAACAACUGGCGGAGAGGCGCAUGCAACGUGAGGAAGAAAUUCGUUACCCUUCUUCUUCUUUAGCUCAUCGUGGUGUCCAUGAAGGUCACAAUCAUCCUCCCAUCGAAGACGAUGAUGAUUAUGACGACGAAGAAGACGAUGAAGACUACGAUAGUCAGGAGGAAGACGACUACGAGGGCGACGAGAUGGACUCCAUGACCGAAGAGCAGCGGAUGGAAGAAGGUCGUCGAAUGUUUCAGAUAUUCGCGGCCCGCAUGUUUGAGCAACGUGUCCUGACAGCCUACCGAGAAAAGGUGGCCGAGGAACGCCAAAAGAAGUUGCUGGAAGAGCUCGAUGAAGAAAGUCGUCUUGACACGCAACGAGAGGCGAAGAAGGCUAAAGAAGCGGCUAGGCGGAAAGAAAAGAAACGGCUUCAAAAACUUGCCAAGGAAGAGGAGAAGGCCAGAAAAGAGGCCGAGAAAGCGGCUCAAGAGGCAGCAGCACGUGAAGCGGAAGAGAAAAAGUUGGAGGAGCAACGCCAACGACGAGAGGAGCAGCGGAAGAAGCGUGAGGCGGAGAAGAAAGCUGCAGAAGAAGAACGGCUUCGGAAGGAGGCCGAAAAGCUGCGGAAACAGCAAGAACAGCGCGAACGACAAGCCGAACAGGAGCGCAAACAACGUGAGGCGAAGGAGCGAGAGCGCCAGAAGCGUGAAGAGGCGAAGCGGAAGGAGCGAGAAGAACGAGAGGCCAGAGAAAAGGAGGCUAAAGAGCGUAAGGCCAAAGAAGAGCGAGAGAAGAAGGCCAAGGAAGAGCAAGCCAGAAAGGAGAAAGAGGCCGCUGCACAGAAGGCAGAAAAGGAAGCCAAGGAUCGUUCUGGUCAAGCACCGGUGCCGAAGCAGCAGCCCGUGGCUCUACCGCCGGGGCUUCAUCCUCCUUCUCGAGGUCCAACUCUACAGUCGCCCCAUCUUCCAAUCGCCACUCCGAUAGUCCCGCCGAAAGUCCCUACCCCAGGUCGACAGCCGUCACAGGCAGGACAACAGUCCCAUGGAUCUUCUCCGCGAUCUCAAAAGGCCAAUACCGAGCUUUCACACAACUCUGCAUCUCCUGCGACCGUCGCCAUACCGCAGACGCCUGGGCCUGGCCAUCCGAUCAAGGCGCAAGGCCAACCUCCAGUUCUCCAUCAUCCACAACCGUCAGCCCCAAGAUCUCCCUUGAACAACUUGAAUCAUGGGCGAGGUCAAUAUCCAUUCAAUGCAAAUGGACCGCCCAGUGUCGGUGUGAAUGGUCUGCCCCUGAGCAACCAGGGCAUGCUACCCAACAUGAUGCAUCCAAUGCCGAUGUACCAGGGACCUCCGAUGGGUGGACAACCACGAUUCGCGCCGAAUGGGAUGCCAUAUCCGCCGGGAUUUCCUAGACCAUUUCAACCUAGUCAGCAACUGCCAUUCGUCCCACAGCCUCAAAGUCAAGCGCCACCGCCCAUGGUCAAUCCGCAGCCUGUCUCUAAACCAACGGGACAUUCCCGACAACCUUCCAACGAUGGUAGCAAUCAACCAGCUCCUAUAGCCCGGCCUGGACCGAUUGCUCGACCGUCCAGCACGACACCGGACAAACAGAAGCCACAGAAAUCUAGAGAAGCUGAGGUGGAGCAACUGGCAACCCAGCUGGGUAGUAAGGCUUUAUUGGACGAUUCUGAUGCCCCUUUCUUGGAGGAUCCCGAGUCACGAAUGCACCUUCCCCUUGUAGGUCCCCCAGGAUCUUCCAGGUUGUCCUUUGCUAGCAGUUUUGCCGAGCCAAAGCAAGACACCUUCUCCUUGGGAAGCCAUUCUUGGGGUAGUUUCAAUCCUGGCAUGAGUGCGGCGCCGGGUUGGGGACCACCUGCACCACAGCGACCCAACCCAGGCUGGUCCCAACCUCCGUUCGGCCCUGCAGGACCGCCAGCUGCCAGAUCACAUCUUCCCAGACCGGUGGCUGUGCGACUUAUGCUGGUCCAGGCGUGUCGUCAAUUGUCACAGAUUCCAGGAGCGAGCGCGGACGGCUAUCACCCUGUCCAAGCAGUUCUCCGACAACUGGAGGCGUUGAAAAUCCCAGGAGAAGCGCCCGUGUCGAUGGAUGAGAUGCUGGGAAUAUGUGAUACCGAGGGCAACUCGCAGAACGGCGGGGGUUCGUUCGAGGUGAUCAUCGACAAAGCACGUGGGCAGGUGAUCAAGUUCGUCGAGGAGACUCCAGCUCCGCAGCCCAGAGGCAGUGUCGGCGAAAUCGGCAGUCCUGUCCUAGGACACAGCCAGCAUGCCCAGACCAGUCCGUUUGGCGGCAUCGGUAACAAUAGCUUCGGCCCACCAGGCAGGGGUUUCUAGUGGUCGACUCCUCCUAGAACAAGACUUCAAAGAGAGAGUCGACUCCACCUGUUGGCGCAACAAUAUCGACGCAGCAUGUCAGCUACGUGAAAGCGCUGUUUUAACAGACUCUGGAGGAGGUUCGGGCUCGGGUGAAGCGAGGUCACACUGAUUGUUGAAGUAUGGUUGUUAUUGUUGACUUAAGGCCCUGCUGUUUUGUUGUCUGAGUGAGAAUGGGUAUCGAUCGAUUGAUCGGACCGUGUUCGGGUACCACAUGGGCUUUGUAUGGCAUCGAGGAGUAUCUUCUUCUUUUUGCGAUUACGCGUAAUAGCAUCAAGGCGCGUGCACGGCAGAUGCACCGGGGUUUGUGGAGUCUGAGACAUGGAACAGACCCCAUCUUUGUUACAGGAAGUAGUAGUUCAUGAGAGCAGUGGCUUUGAAAGGCUCUUACUAGUAUGGGCCGGCAAGAAUCAUUAUUGACUCUCUCUCUCUCUC